CGGUGUCAACAAAUCUUCCACACAUUUCAGGAAGGUUAUCUAACCUGCAAGAAUAUCAUAUCAAACAUAUUGUCAUACAUUGGCAAGACUUGCUUUUCAGAUAGACUAGCUAUAUUCCGUAGGGAAUGCAGUCAAUGCUACGAUAGCUGUAAAUGUUAAGUGAGAGAGUAUAGGCUUGUUGUGUGACUGGGCUGGCUGAGCUAGCAUGCUAUGGAUUUCUCUGUUUUAAAAACGGUGGUUGCACAGUUGGUUAGCAUGCUAGCUACACCAAACGUAAACGUAUCGACAAAAUUACUCACCUGCUUGUUGUGAUCUGUUAAAUCUGGUUUAGAUCACUAUAGCGUCAGCUAGCUAGCCACUAACACCCUCCCUCAAUAGGUUGCCUCUCUAAAGAAAAGGUAAAGUGACAUUAUAUUGCGCAAUGAGCGUCCUCUGUAUACUUUUCAUGGCUGCUCGAAGCUUCACAUUGUCGGGGGCGUCCGGCGGUCUGAUACGGUCGCGUGUAUUGUGUUCGAUCACAAGGAAAAUGUCAUCCAGAAGACAAAUGGACCAUCUAGAGAGGACAGCCAGCAACUACAGACAAGAUCGUGUAUAUCCGGCGCGGGUAUGUGGCAUCAUGGACGAGUCUGAGACAGUGAAACGCCUCCGGCUAGCUGUCCAUCCAGACUUUACUUUCAGAGCUGGACAGUGGGUGGACUUCUUCAUCCCUGGUAUGGACUCCACUGGCUUCCAUUCUGUGUGUUCCAGUCCAGGUCUGCUGCAGAGAGAGGGCGUUAUCGAGCUGGCUGUCAAAUACACACAACAUCCCCCCGCACAUUGGAUACACACCAAGUGCACCAUGGACUCUCAUGUAGCAAUGCGUGUGGGCGGUAACUUCUUCUUUGACCCCCUGCCCUCUGACCCCUGUGUUGACCUGUUGUUGGUGGCGGGGGGCGUGGGCAUUAACCCUUUAUACUCCAUCCUGCUUCACGCCGCUGACCUGCUACGACAGAACCCCGCUAACGUAGGGAGGGGCUACAACAUAGGCUCCACCCACCUCUGCUACAGCGCCAAGAACGCACAAGAGCUGCUCUUCAAAAAAACCAUCAUAGAUGUGUGUAAAGAAUUCCCAGAGAAAUUCUCCUGUGACUUCCACAUCACUGCACAGACGGCAGACAUCGACCAGGAACUCCAACCGUCCAUGAACCGUGGGAGGCUAUCAGAGGGGGAGUUGCGUCGCCACGUCGACCCUAACACUACGCUGUGUUACCUAUGUGACCCUCCACCCAUGAUAGAGAGCGGGGUCCAGACCCUGCUCUGUUUAGGCCUAUCCCAGGACAGGAUACUGUUUGAGAAGUGGUGGUAGUGCGUACUGAAGACAGACCUCUUCAUCAACUAUCCACUGCUGCGUCACUGAAUAUUGUAUAUCAAUGGUGGGAGGACCCACCCUGCUCUCUCCCCCAGUCCCUAUGAAUUCUAAGACCAACCCAGCACACACCACCCAGACCACGCACCUGCCCAUGUUACCAUGGCAACAUUUUUGGGGCCUUUGGACCAUAUUUUUCUGCAGGUGUGACCUGGCCACAUCAUUUGAUUUAUUUUACCUCACCUAAAUGUGUAUUUAUACCAGGUACCAACUUGUACAACUGGCUUGACUCGGCUACAAUUUGAACAAAUUAACGCACAACUGAACUAAUCUCUCUUUACCGGAAUAUUCAACUCAACUAUCACCUGACUCGGGUGUUCACCAAAUGCAAUGAACAUCAGUUGUACAGCCCGAGUGUGUAUAGGGCCAUUGAUCUGAGCCUGGCUGAUGGUGACCUCUGACCUGUGUGAAGUGCAGUAUAAUGUGUGUAUAUAUAGCUUUCCUGAUGAUCCACUACAAGGAUGGAGAAACACACUCAAACAGUCCUCAACUCAGUGACUAAUAAACUGAAUCCUGCAGGGAUGCAAACUA